GUAAAUGAAUGACAAAUGAAAUGUAGUUUUGACUUGGUUAUUCUUGUGUUUCAGAAUUCAGGGAUAGAAAAGGCCUUUCUGUUUGAUGUGGUCAGUAAAAUCUACAUAGCAACGGACAGUUCUCCAGUGGACAUGCAGUCCUAUGAGCUCUGCUGUGACAUGAUCGACGUCGUCAUUGAUGUCUCCUGUAUAUACGGUCUGAAGGAGGAUGGCAGUGGCAGUGCCUAUGACAAAGAGUCCAUGGCCAUCAUCAAGCUCAACAACACCACAGUGCUGUAUCUGAAGGAGGUCACGAAGUUCCUGGCCCUUGUCUGCAUCCUGAGAGAAGAGAGCUUUGAAAGGAAAGGCUUGAUAGACUACAACUUCCAUUGUUUCCGGAAAGCCAUCCACGAAGUGUUUGAAGUGGGCGUGUCCACACAGCGUCCAGUUGGUCCUCAGUCUCCGGGCUCGCCCUGCACCAAGGCUGUAGCCCUCAAUGGGACGCCACGCAGCACUGUCUAACCAACCCUGCAAAAAGAACUGAUACAAACAAUGCACAAAGAGGAAGAGAGAGACUUCACAAGGGGCCACAGCCUGUAAGGAGGACAGAGACUGCAUGGGGUGCCUAAAGUGACCCCAAACAAGACGGCACCAGCCCAGGAGCACGGAACGGUUAGGCUGAAAGGAGGGUCCAAUUCUCUGGUAACCAAGGAAAUAUGAGGUGUGGUAACAAAAAAAAAGACUACAAAAACACACCUUCCCUUACUGCUGCUGUAAACUUCUCAUUCUCGCCAAGCUGUGAUGUCAUUCUGGGACAUCCUGACCACUUCUGUGCUGAUGGAGGAACACAAACAGGGAGGAGUUGCUCUCGUGUUCAGAGAUGGCCUUAUGCAGAUGAAGCCUGUCCAAAUGCAGGCUUCUUCUCCUCUCACCAUCACCACUCACUUCACCCGCCCACCCGAACGAAUGCUGCCCUGUACCAGCUCCAUAUUCUUAUUUUUGUCUCACUCGUCAAGGGAAAUGAAGAUUAUAUGAGAGACCUGAAAAGGGAUUGAGAUGCCCACUUGAGUUGUUGUGUGAAUGGAAGUAUGUUUGGACAUUUUGAGAGACUAUUCAAGAGGAUUUAAAACAGUAUUCAUUCUACUGUCUUUCCAAUGCACUUACUGAUCAUAACUUGGCUACAUUAAAGGUCCUAUAAUGCACAAAAUUGAUUCUUGUGAGCUUUAAGCCAUGUUAGAAUAUUUCUACCUCCUCAAAAAUAUACCUGAAGUUGUUUUGUUUCAUUCACACUUGGUUGAGUAAAUCUUUAUUAUUAGUCUGUGCACAUCUCUAAAGCUCGAAAUACUCAGUUCCACCUUGUGAUAUCAUAUAGUGGUAGUUUUCAAGUUUACAGCUACCUAUUAACCUUUUGUUCAGUAGAGAUAGUCAAUUCCAGGGCUGAAAUUCUACAAAUGAUUUCAGUGAAGGUGUAUGGAGUAAAAAAUACACUCACUGGAGGACUUCCUGUAUUACUGCAUGACAUCACAAACUGGAACAGAGUUUUUUUUAGGUUUGAGAGAAGAAUUCAGCCUAAAUAUGCAGAGUGUGUGUGUGUUUAAACAUGUGAAUGAAUCAAACACAAUUCCAGGUAUGUUUGUGAUGAGAAAACAACAUAACAUAAAUCAGAAAACGGUGUAAUAUGGGUCCUUUAAAAAUUCACUAAACUGCUUUCUGAUGGAGACUUACGAAAAGCACUGCCAUUAGUUGUGAAUGCAAUUACAAAUACUACAAAUUAAAAUAGGUUUGGAAUCUAAUGAAAUAAAAAUAAUGUGCAGUAUCCAUUUUGCAUGCUCUCCUAUCAUUUCUAACACGCCCAAAUUAGAAACAGGUUUUGUAUUCAUUCCAAGCAUGCAAGCGUGAAGUCUGCUUCUAAUGACCACAACACUGCUCACGUAGUUCCAAAGGCUGUAGUAGCAGGCCUGUCACAGUAACACAUUUUGAAGUAAAUAGAUAAUAAACAAUCAUUUUUACACUCAUUUAUGCCAUUGACACAACAUCCAAGAGCUGAUUUAAACUACAAAACUAUUCUAAAAGUACAAUAUUGUUAAAAAAAACUAUGAGAAUAAAUAAACAUAAAGAAUCACUUAAAGGUGCAUUUGUAACUUUUCUUAUGAAGGGUCCGACAAAUUAUUUUCUCCAGGAAAAUGUUAUUGCUUUGUCUGGAAUGUUUCCCAGUAUGGUAUUAAACCUUUCCAUCUUCAUAGAGACCAAACCAUACCAAGUUACAGGUCAGACCUGUAGAGAAGCAACCCCGCUCAGUCAGAAUGCCUGUUUUUCUAGGUAUUUUUGAGCUAUAAAACCACCUGUAAUUGAAUAUAUGUACUGUAGAUCUGUUUAAUGUCAUACUGUGGAACAUUCCACUCAAUGACAUAUCUAUAGAAACAAAGAGGUGACUUACCCACCACCAGAAAAGUCACACAAUGCAUCUUUUUAAGUACUUAUUUUACAUCUGUAAUGAGGCAUAGAAGUUACUAAUUUAACCUUCUGACAGCUUCAAUCUUAUAAUAUAGCCAAAAAAUAACCAAAAAUGUCCCAUUCGCGAAAAAAAAAAGUACACACAAUAAAUACUGACCCUAAAACAUAUUCCAGCUUUCAUAUAUAUUAUUGUGACAGGCCUAGGAAGUAGACUAACAAAGUGACAUGAGAUGACUACUUUGCCACUACUACUAUUUUAUAUAUGCAUAUUUCUUUUAUAUCAGGGAUAACGCAUAUGUUUCAGCUUGGACAGAAUAUAUCUAACUUGGAUCAUGUAAAAACUCUGUAGUCACAAGCACUUGCACAACCAAACUGCAAUGAAUUGACUUCAUGUGUCUGUGAUGCUCUACUGUGUGAAAUAAAUCAAUUAAAUUUCUCACUCA